AAUUUCUCCUUGAUAAUCUUGUAGCCAUUUUAUCACCAUCGACUACAACGAGAAAAUUAAAUUAAAUAACCCAAGAAGUCAUAAUAAAUUUCGAUUGAUUCAUAAUUGUUGUGAUUUAUCCGUCAAUAUUAUGUUUGCGAUACCGGUUAAAUUAAAAGAUAAACUAUUAAGUUCAUUGGUGUGAUUGGUUUUCAAGAUCAAGUAAAUUAAUAUCCAAGUAUUAUUGACAACAAGUGAAUUUAAUUAACUAUGUCUUGUAAUCAUUGCACCACCAAAUUCAACUUCUUUCACAAAGAGGUUGGUUGUGCUAAUUGUGGUCUCUCAUUCUGCAAUAAAUGUCUCAAACAAAAAUGUAGAAUACCUCAGAGAGGCACAGUGGAAUAUAAUGUGUGCAGGACUUGCUUUCAGAAAUUAACUUCCUCUAGUACAAGUUCAUCAGGAAUAACUGUCAUUACUCCUCCAGAAGCAUAUUUAAAGCGCUUGGAAGCAUUAGAUAAUUCAACAGGACCACCUCCUAUUACAAUAUAUAAGAAUGAUGCCAAAAGGCAGGAGACGCGAUCUGGAAUGGCACCACAAGACGUUCAAAUUAUGGAAAGGUUGGAGAAGUUAAAACAUGAAGGCAAGUGGCCCCCUCCUUCUGAGAAUGAAAUACGGCAACGCCUGGCUAAACUUAAGGGAGAGAAUAACUAUGUGGUUGGUCCAAGCAAGCAAACGAGCGACACUCUCCUAGAGAAGUUUAUUGUUGAGCGUGAAAUUGAGCUGGUACAAAAUCCGCAACAAGAAAUUGAGGCCAGACUGGCAAGUUUGAGGGAACAAGGCACUAGGCCUAAUGAGGGAACAUUUAUUAGAAAUUUACAUGAUUCUGAAUCAAGUUCAGAGGAUGAAGUUGAGAAGAUAACUAAGAAGAUAAUGGAUGAAGUAGCCCUUGAUAAUCGAUGUCCGGUAAAGUUAAGCAGUGAUGAGGUCGACGAAGACACUGGAAACCGAGAAGAUUCACCCGAAUUACCGUGGUGUGUGAUGUGCAACAACGAUGCACAAUAUCGCUGUUUGGACUGCAAUGGUGACCUGUAUUGUUCCGAGUGCAAUGUUGAAGCCCAUCACAAAGUGAUACCAUACAGCGCGCGAAAGUGAUUUCCCACAAAGUUAUAUUACAUAUCCACAACAUAUUAUGAUUCAACUACCAAUUUGCUCAGGUAAACAAUAGCACAGCAUUCUUUCAUAUUUUAUCUUUGAAUGUAUAAACGUGUAAAUUAUGUACAUGAUAAUUAAAAUGGGAAUGAAUCCCUUUUGUAGCAAAA